AUCACGAACUUUUAUUUUUGAAAGAAUUUUUUACACUACAUGUAAAGAAUGCGAUAAUUAAGAAUGCAUGAAAUGCGAAAAAAAAAACACGUCGACGCCUCUCAGAGACUUUUGGCGAUGUGUUUUUGCAAUUCAACUGAUCUCAUCUCGGAUACAUGUAUCGCAUUAAUGUUUUUCUCGCCGGUAUAACCGGUAUAGUACGGUGCCAGAGAGCCGGUGCGUUCUUUCGCUUUCAGUGUUAAUCGGUCUAGCAAUAGAAUAAGGUGAUGCGUUCGAGACGAUUAUACACAACGUCUGCUGCCGAGCUCCGUCUCGCGCCGUAAACUCCAAGGUAAUUGAACUUAAUACACGAGAACAAAAAAGAAGCAAAGAUGGUAGAUAAUUUCGGCUUCGUAUUCUCCACAUCGUCCACGAGAGAUGUGGAAAAAGCCGAAGAAGAGGUAUCAAAACCUGCUCCGGAGUUGUUACCACAAACGAGCACAACCUCUUUGUUCCUAAAUCGACUGAAAUGCAAAUACUCGUCCAAGCAAGAUGGCAGCCAGCUCGAGAAUCGCACUCAACGCGAUUCGCCGUUAAUUCCCUUUUCUUCCACGGAUUACUCCGUCAUCAGCGAACGUUAUUCCUCCGAAGAAACCGUCCACUCAACUUGUUUACGUAUCAAUGAGGAUUUUAUCAGAAACGUCCUGACGGAACACCGAAAACGUUUAAAUCGCAAAUCCCAGAUCUGGGAGAAUUUAGAAUUGAACGAUACGGACGAAAUAAAAGCGGAAUUAGAAAAUUCCACACCCGACGAAAUCAAUGUUCUAUUAUUGCAAGCCAGUUUUAUAGGUAAUACAGAUUUAAUUUGCACCUUGUGCGAACUCGGCGCGAACGUUAAUUACAUCGAGUCCAAUCAAAGUCUUACGCCGUUGCAUCUGUGCGCGUUCCGUAACUGUUUGGAUGGCGUCAAGUUUCUGAUGGAUAACGGCGCCACAAUUGACUCCUAUUCGAAGCACACGCCGUUUCAUUACGCCGCCUUCGGCGAUGCUGUCGAUGUGGCUCGGUAUUUUAUACAACAAGGCGUUAGUCAAGAAAAUCCGAAUGACGACGAAGAAACGGUACUGCACGUGGCCACGCGGACGAACGCUGUACGCGUGCUAUCUUUAUUAUUGCCGAUCAGCAAAGAGCUGCUAGAUCGCUUGGAUCAGGACGGAUAUGCCGCCAUUCAUCACGCAGCCGAUGGGAAUCCGAUUUGUAUGGAAAUGCUUCUGAAAGCUGGCUGUCAAGUGGAUUUGCUUACCAAAAACAAAGACAGCGCCUUGCAUCUGGCCGCGCAAGCCGGUUGCGCGGAUACUCUGGCUCUUCUGGUGGAGGCCAAGGCCAAUCUCCAGCUAAAGAAUCAUCGGGGACACACGGCCUUGCACCUAGCCGCUCGUGCGCACUCCCUGGAAUGCGUGGAGAUUCUGCUCAAAGGUCGCGCGGAUCCCAACGCGGAAGAUGACGAGUGCCGAACACCUCUUCAUCUGGCUCUUGGCAAGUCUGUAAUGACCGAUGAGAUCAUCGAACUUCUACUCAAGUGGCGAGCAAACGUGAACAAGGCCGACAAGUACGGCUACACGCCGCUCCACAUUGCCGCCUCGAACGAACUGUCGCGGUGUGUCAAUUUGCUGAUUAGAUACGAGGCGGAUCUCACUGCCAGGACCAUCGGCGGCAACAGUGCUCUGUCCAUUGUUCUGCGAAAAACUCCGACUUCUCUGGAUAUGUUCGAGAACAGACUGGAUGCGUCUCUGACUCUCAAGCGGCAGGGAUUCGUCGCGGGUGAGCUCGAGCUACAGUUGGAUUUCCAUCCGUUGAUGCAAAAUCGGCGAAACCGACAGGGACGCUGUCCCGAAAUAGGCUACCUCAACACCUUUGUGAAGGAGGGUUACAACGAAAUUCUGGAACAUCCUUUGUGCCAAUCCUUUAUCUAUCUCAAAUGGCACAAGAUCAGGAAGUAUUAUGGCGCGAGAGUGUGCUUCUAUCUAGUAUACGUACUGAUCCUUACCAGUUGGGUGAUCACUGCUUUGGCUCAUAAUUGUUACAACGAGGCGCGGGGAUUUUUCAUGAAGCCGCCGUUGUGCGCGAACGCAACUGGUAUCUAUGGCUUCUUCUUCAAACAUCCGAAUCUGCUCAAUGCUCAGUGGUACAUAGUGAUCGUGCUCACUGUGUUGGAAGCUUUCCGCAAGCUUGCGGUCAUUCCCACUUAUCGGUCCUUCAGACAGUUCUUCACGCAGAUGGAAAACUUGGUCGAGUGGUUCGUGAUACUGAGUGUGUUCUCUAUCUCGUUCGUGUACGAAGGCAGAACGCAUAACUGGCAAAAUCACAUGGGUGCUCUGGCCGUGCUCUGCGGCUGGAGCAAUUCGAUGCUAAUGAUAGGACAGUUGCCGGCAUUCGGCGCUUACGUCGCCAUGUUCACCAGCGUGCAGGCUCAAGUGUUCAAACUUCUUCUCGCUUACGCCUGUUUGCUGGUGGGUUUCACGGCGAGUUUCUGUGUCAUCUUCCCUUCCUCCAAGUCGUUCAGUAGUCCGCACACGGGUCUCAUCAAAGUCCUCGCGAUGAUGACUGGGGAGUUGGGUUUCGAGGAUCUCUUUUUCCAAAGUGACAAAGGCGGCGCUUACGACAAGGGCGGCAUUUAUGAAAACGCCGUUAUUUAUAAAAACGCCACUGUUUAUGAAAACGCAACUGUUCACGAAAACGCCACUGUUUACGAUAACAUAGCGGACACUUCCCGGAUCCUGUUGCACAUUUCGGCUCAGCUUUCCUUCGUUCUGUUUCUCCUGUUCGUAACGAUCGUUCUGAUGAAUCUGUUGAUCGGAAUAGCCGUGCACGAUAUCAAGGGUCUGCAGAAGACGGCGGGUCUCGCGAAGCUCGUUCGCCAAACGAAACUUAUUCACGACGUUGAAAUCGCGAUCUUUCUCGGACUCUCGCCGUCGAAACGCUUCGGUAAAUGUCUGCGGUGGACUUCACUGUUCCUGCCGUCGCCGUUGCGAGCCGUUUUGACCGUUCGCCCGCUAAAUCCCAGAGAGAAGAGGCUGCCUCGCGACAUCCUUUCGACAGCGUACAAGAUAGCCAAGGAAGGAACCGGGCAGAGCACUUUUGCCGCGUUGCGCAAAAAAACGUACGGCCCUACCUCAUAUUUAAACCGUACAAAAACAUCUUCCAAGAUCGACUCAAACGCCUGUCGUCGUCGUGAACCCGAGGAUGAUGCGUUGCUGCACGAUUGCAACAGAUUCAAGAACGAAAUCGCGGAACUUCGACAGAUAUGCGAAAAAAAUUAUUCUCUCCUUCAGGAGCUUGUAAGAGAGAAGAACAAAAUGAUCAACGAUUAAAUGAAAAAAAAAAAAAAAAAAAAACAAUGUCAGCGAGCAUCUGUUUUUAUUUCUUUUGUUAAUAUGUACGUUGUUAAAUGCGCUGAAUAAAUCCUUGCGAUUAAAUAUAUAAUAAUAGGAGAGAAAGAGUUCCGUGUAAUUAUUUCGCUAGCCAAGUUUCGCUCUAAAAUUUCCAACGAAGUCAAAGAAUAUAGAGACAACAUUAACGGUACAAGUAGACUGACAGACAAAACCGGUUUUAUUCCGCAUAAAUUCCUAUGUGUUAAAAGUUCAACUUUCAACAUGGAAAUCCGUUAUUAAACUCGAGAUUCAAAUAAUGUGAAUUGAGAUUUAUCUCUCGGAGGAAAGAUUUAAACCUAUAAAUUUAAAAGCGCGACCGAUUCUUUAACUAUUUUAAACAAAUCUAUAGUCUUACGUGCACGUGUGUUUUCUCUCUCUCUCUCUUUCUCUCUCUUUACGCAAUUUAUAUGCCAAUUUAAGACUUCUCUGAAUGGAGGACACCCCCGCAGCCUCGUUCGGAACGAAGCGAGCCUGUUUCGCAUUAAACUCGAGUGCUAUUUUUUUUAUCGAAUAGAAAACGAGCGCGGUUUAUUUUAUAUUUCGCGCACACGCGGCGUUUCGUUAACAUAUUUUGCAUAUCAAUGAUUUGUACAAGCAAGUUUAAGCGACUUAAGAAUGUAAAUGUACUUG